AUGGAAGGAAAUGAAGAACUAAAUAGGCCACCUGCCUACGAUGAAGUAGAGCACCUGGCUGGGAACAUCCCACCUCUGGAUCUGAGCAAAAGCGCAGGGUCUGCGCAGACUUCAACAGUCACCAAAGACCAGUGCAUUGUCCAUUUGAAGUUCCUUGCUGCUCUGGCUGAUCUGCGCGACACCAUCGGUAGGGAAGACAAAUUAUUCGGCAUUAAAGAUUCUCAAGCCGACAGGAUUCAGGACGACACGCGAGGAGCCCUCGUGCGGAUUAGGGAGAAACGAUGGGCUGUUUAUACAUCGAGAGCUGUUUACCGUUUUGCGCUCUGGUGGGAACUCUGUGUGCCCACAUCUGGUCCACUUCCCACUCUGGAGGACUUGACGAAGUCGAGCUAUUACGCUGUCACCAAUUGCAAGCAUCGGGUGUCUUGGAAUAAAGACAAUAUGCCGCCUCUAGAUGUCAUGAUGGUAUGGCAUGCAUAUAUGCUCAAUCCUAGAUCAUUCCUCGAGGACUGCAUUCGCAAUGCCAAAAUGAGCUUUUGGGCCUCUGGAUUCCCCUGGGAUGUCAUAAACGACUGUAUAGAUAAUCAAAGUUUCAACUACGUGGUAGGAAAUACUGCUAGGAAGAACUUUGAAGAAAAAACCGGUCUUAAAUGGGACAACCUUGACGAUCCACCCAAUCGACCCGUCCAAUGUCCAUCCUGUCAGGUCCCCGUAUUCGUUCCCUGGACCGCUGGACGGAUGGGCAACAGUUCGUCGAAACUAUUCGAAGAUUGCUAUGGUUACGCCGACAAGAACUUUCAGGCAUACUGCCAUGUUUGCAAUUUCUCUAUCAAUCAUGAGAAGCUCAGAGUCGCCAAGUUCAAGAGGGAUCUGGAGGCAUUGAUGAGAAAACACCGACCGAUGCCAGGUACGGUGUACACUCUCGAAGGCAUUCCCGAAGCAGUAGUGCCGCAGCGACUCCACGGAGAGACCUUCCCAAACUGUCUGAUGAUGACUCUGGGAGAUGAUCUACUUCGGCUGGCUGAUUCGAAAUCAAACUCUUCCACUACCAUGGUAACAAUACGCGACUUUUUCGAAGACAAGAUCAAGAACCAAAAUAUUAUUAGAAUAGCGAAAGAUUCAUCGCGUGGAGUACUAUCACGCGAUGAGAGGAUUUGUUUACGCCGGAUGAUGUCCCGCUACUGGGAUAACAAUAGUCAGUUUGCCCUUGAUCUUGUGGGAGCCGUUAUCCGCCAAGGGACAUUCGUUCAGAAGAUGGAUGAUAUCGACUGGUUGCAUUCGCCUGCUCUUGUGGCGACUAUGGAUCGUCUUAUAGAAAAAUACAGGAUCUUCUUCAAAAUAAUGACAGAUCAUCCAGGCCGUAUGGCUGUCCCUACACUCGAUGUUGAUCUAGCUUGGCAUACACACCAGCUUUCUCCCCCUCGAUAUUUCUCCUUCUCGGUAAUGCAAUCGUCUUUAAGGACUUUCAUCGAUCACGACGACAAGGUCGAGGAAUCCAGACUCUCCGACGCAUUCGCAUGGACAAGCAAAGCUUACAAAAAGGUUACCAACGGAGGGAUCUACAGCGAAUGCACCUGCUGGUACUGCGAAGCGAUUCGAGUCCCUGAUCUCGGGGGCAUCUUCGUCUCCAGCGCCACAGCUAGAGCCCGUGAAGCGGCUGAGAACUUGCAUAACAGGCCCGACAUCUCUUCAAAUCCAUUCAAAAAUGCGCACAUCUCCGCUCACAACGCGGUACAUCCGCCAGGGACAUCAUUUGAUCGAGCCAGUCUUAAGAUUAUUCAACUCAAGAACCUCCACGACAAACACCGUCGGAGGGCAGAGAAGCGAAAGCGCAAGUCUAAGCAAGGACAAAGCUCCGAGAAGAGUGCCCACGAGCAGCGCGCUUAUCAAGAUAUACCCAUUGUUUGGGGAUACGCAUAUGCCCCAGGUCUCUAUGGGCCGUACAUGUGUGAUCCAGGAAUUAGUGCAGAUGCUUACCCGCAUAAUCCAUCAUGCAUGAACACUACUCCUGGCGCUGCUGGUAACUGCGUCGGAGGAACUUGCGGAGGUACAGUGGCCGCUGGCGGCUGUGGAGGAUAUACAGUGGGAGGUUGUUCAGGUGGUGUUCCAGGAGGCUGCGGCAGUGGGUCUGGGGGUUUUGCCGGUGGAGGCUGCGGCGGCUCUGGUGGUGGUGGUUGUUCUGGUGGUGGUGGUUCUGGUGGUGGUGCUGGUUGCGGCGGAGGUGGUGGGGGAGGAGGCGGCGGCGGCUGCGGUGGUUGUUAGCUGAUAAGAGUGAACGCUUUUCAUGCUAUUCUAACGAAUGCUUUCUUUACGUCAUGACCAGCAAUUCCUAGCUACCCAUUUAUUUGAUUCUCCCCCUUUCCUUUACGUGAGCAAUCUUUCUGUUUCGAGUCUUGGUUCAGCGUAACGGAAUCUUGCUUUAAUUUCGAGUCCCAUCUAUACCUAGUCAAUACGUUACCCUUGAUUGUACCGUCUAGCCGCGUCAACUAGGCCCGAGAAUCCGAUCGAAUGAAUAUUCUUUUGGGAGUCUACAUCUACUCUACCUUCUAUUCUAAAGUCAUCAUUACAGAGGUCUGAGAAC